AUGGAGCGGGUGUGGAAACGUGUUCAGAGUGCGGGACGUCGUGGUACAGCCGGACGUUGUGGCUGUUCUAUACAACCAUGCCAAUUGCACGUGGAUUCACGAUCUAAACGCGGUGAUAACACCCGUGGGAAAACUCAUGGCCCUCAAACUAUUGUUUGUUCUUGUCAAGUGCAACCGUGUCCUGUUCAUCCUGUGCUGAUUAGGGUACGACGCACGCGGCCUCGGAACAGCUGCGACUGCCCGCUGGAGUCGCAGCCGUGUCCCCACGUAAAUCGACCUUCCUCGCGUAGAGUUAGAAGAUGUGAUUGCACUGAACGUCCGUGUCGUCACAGUUCAGCCUCAGGAGUAUCACGUCGUCGUCCCCAAGGUUCCUUUUCAUUUCCAUCAGCUCCUAUGCCUCCGCGAAUUAAAAAUUCCUCAAAUAUCGAUGUAUCCUGCAAAUGUCCUGAGGGAUCUAAUUGUCAGCAUUCAGUAGAAAAAACAGGAUGUGAGUGCGAUGCAACACCGUGUGCUCAUACCAUUAAAUCACGGCGGUCGCGACGCACAUGCGAGUGUACAAGUCAACCGUGUAGUCAUUCAAAGUCUGCGGAAGGACGUAUUAAGCGUGUCAAGUGUCGGGUGAGACGAGCUGGAUAUGCUGUCGCUAGACGUACCGCUGAAUUUGCUAUGCUUGGAUUACACUGGGAACUUGCAACAGAGUGUGCACCCUGUGGGUCUGGUGUUUUUACUAGAAGACUGUGCCGUCGUCAGCAGAGUGAUAAUGAAUUGUAUCGGAGUAACAGCUUCAAGUUCGAGAGAUUCGAGAGAACUAAAGAGGAAUGUCUAACUCCAGUUCGAAAACAGAUAUCGCUUUGUGACGACUAUAGUCUUCCGGUUGAUUUUGUAAAUAAGCAACGUCCUGGAAGUGGUACAGGAAUAACAUCAACUGUACAAUGGGCCUUACCAAGUCCCAGUAUUGAAAACGCGGAAAUAGAAGUAAUUGAACAGUACAGUGAUCCACGGGACAGCAAAAGUCGGGCUUACGUCGAACCAGGGGCUGAAACAUCCCUAGCAGUUACAUACAGCAAAAUAAAUCGCGACUACUGUCGACCCUAUACAGAUCAUUCAGUAUCAGAUUCUUCGAUUAAUGAAAAUCUUACCGGUCGAUCAUCUCACCGACGUAAAUCUAAAAGUCACUCACGAGCAUCAACAGUAGGGAAAAAUUCUUGCUUGAGUACUGAAAAAUGUAAUAGUACUAACGAAGGUGUCACAGUAGAUUGUGUUGCUUUAGUCCAUGUGCCCGAUCAAUCUCCAACGGAAGCUAAUCAACCAGUCCGUCAUCCUUCACCUUAUUAUUACGGUGAUCUUUUCAAAUUGCCCGAGCAACAAUCCAAAUCACAAUUAAAUAAAUAUCGGAAAAGUAUAAGCCUUGAUGUACCAGGGGAAAGAUCAAGAACACCAGCAUUGCCUAAAAGAAAUUCUGUAGCUGGUGACGGAGGGUCAACUUAUCUUACACCAAACGUUCAACAAAAUCCAACUCAAGACUUGCAAAGUUCUGCAGAAAGUGAGCAUGCAACUCAAUCUAAAAGUAACGAGAUACUCUCAUCGUGCAUUAUUACGGAGUGGGAUCACACUUUGAUGCCUCCACAUCGUCUCUUAAGUCAUGAUUUACCAACAACAGUGUGUCUGUGUGUUGGCUCACCCGAUGAGGAUGAGUUAGAGGGACCGGUAAAAAUUGCGCGUCAUCAAGUGCGCAAAUUACGACGUACGCGUAGAAUAGAAUCACAACAACCGGUACUUGUUGAAAACGAUUUCGACGGUGAAAUUGAAAAACCUGGCGACGAAGCAGACAGUGAAGAAGAAGCUGCUGAUGUUGAAGAAAUUGAAGACGAAGAGAUGGCUAGACAACGGCAUUUAUAUGAAACAGCUUUCGAUUGCAAGGUCAAUCGAUCCGAUGAUGACCUGGAUGACGUUGACAGAGUCACCAAUCAUCCGGUAUUACAUGCGCAGAUAAGACCAAAUUUAAGUGGCUCUCAAUCGAGAGCAUGUUCUUCCACAGAUGCAUCCAAACAUCAAUUGCAAAAUGUUCAUUAUGUCACAGCAUCACAACAACCUGCUACCAAAGACAACCGACGCAAAGUUGUACUCCUUCGACCUAAACCAAUACCGCAUAGAUUAAAUAAUCAACAAGACAAUAUGACAAGUUUGUCUCAAGACAUCGAAUCCCUCCAAAUAAAUUCAGGUGACGAAAAAACUUGUUCACCAAGACAUCCUGCCCGAGAAUAUACGCCAUCGCCUCCAUCCACUGCACCGCUACCUGUUAAAUUUCGUGGUAAUAAAGAUCACCUCUUGUUAAAUAUUCGCAGUGCUCCAAAUUUACCCUCGCAGCCUGACCAUCCGAGAUUGAAAGAUAUAAGACUGCCGGUUAAAUCAUUAAGAGCCAAAGAGUCUCCGAAGAGCAAUGAAGGCUGUAUUUUAGAAAUAAAGAGUCGACCUAAGAGUCUAGUUCAAGAAAACAACGAGUCAAAUAUUUGUAGGACAGAUAAAGAAGUUAUUUUAGAGUUUAAGGGCAGGCCAAAAGAAGACAGACAACGACCGAGAAGUUUGAUCCGAGAAAGUAGACCUAUUAUGGAGUUUAAAGGUAGGCCGCAUGAAGCGGAAGGUGAUCUUCCUCGUCCUAAAAGAGAACUAGGGCUUAUUGAAUUCAAAUUACGUCAGACUAGGCGCAGAAUUGGGUACUCUAGCACUGAAAGUAUGGCCACUAGCAGCAGCGGAGGUAGUAUGGAGUCGUUAAGAAGUAGUACUAGUGAAGGCAAUAGAUCAACUAGUAGCUCAGAAAGUAGACACAGUACCAGUUUGAGUUCUCACAGUUCAGACAGCGGCAGCACAAACUGUUUCCAUCAUCACCAUCAUAACCAUCAGCAACCUGUAUCAGGUUUUCUGACGUAUCAUGCACCUAAACUUCAUAUUCUUUCACCAAUCUCGGAUAAAUCAUCUCAAGAACCAGUUUCCGAAACCUCAGACAACAAUCGUAACAAUAAUUCACAAAAAGCUUCUCCUGAAGAAGCCACCACUGAAAAAGUUUCGAUCAAUACCAACACAAAUACAAACACCAACACGUCAAAUGUCGUAUCUCCAACGGAUACGUCAUUCAAAAAACGGCGCACUCCACAAAAUAAAAAUUUAAUAAAUUUAGCAAUGCAAUCAUCGUCUUCCGGCGAUGCUGAGAUUCAAGGAUCGGAUAGUGGAAUUUCGAUAGAAUCUCGUGCUGGGAUUAAAUGUAAACCAUUUGGAUUUCAUGUGAUAAAAUCGCAAAUGGACAACAUUAAUUUGGUCGAUAACGAACCAGAUUUAUCAGAUUUACCGUUCGACAUGCCAAAACUUCGUAGAAGACGGCUUCUUAUGCAGCAGGAUGCGACAACAUCCGGUAGUGCAACUAGUGUUGAUCUACGAGAUCUUCCCUUUGAUAUGCCAAAACUUAGAAGAAGACUGAGAUGUACACAAAGUACUGAAUCCAGUGGGUCUCAAGCUUCUUCUAGUCUCUCCGUAAGGGAUGUUGAUUCACUUACUGUAAUAGGCGGCAGCAUGGCGCGUCCAAAGAUGACGCUUAACUUGGAUGCGAAUGGUGGCAAUGGAGGAAAUGGAGCUCUACAACUAUUGAAAAAACCCGGUGGAUUGAGCCUUGGACUGCCCCUUGAAUUAACAACCAGUCGAGCAUCCGCUGACCUCGUGGACGUGGAAUUACCACUUGAAAGACAAGGGUGGUAUCAUGGAUCAAUAACGAGAAUAGAGGCUGAGGCUGUUCUUCGACUUCUCAGAGAAGGAAGUUACCUAGUCAGGAACAGCGAAUCUACAAAGCAAGAUUACUCGUUGUCAUUGAAGAGUGCCCGUGGCUUUAUGCACAUGCGAAUACAGAAGAAUGACGAAUUAAAUGGUUACAUUUUGGGACAAUUUAGCAAACCAUUUGACAGCAUACCUGAAAUGGUUCGUCACUUUAGCGUCAACCGUCUUCCCAUACGUGGCGCUGAGCACAUGUGUCUUUUGCAUCCAGUUAUAGCCCAACUUUUGUAGCGCUUCUAUCGAAGCGCCCUGUAAGGCGCUAUAUUUUUUCACUGAAGGCGACAGAUUUAAUGACCCCGAGUUAUAAAUUCGCAAAGGAUUCUUUAUCGAUGCUUUUCGACAUUAAAUGAUAUCAAAAAUAGUCAGAAAGUCAGCCCUAAAACUUCCCGCUGUCUACAAAAUUAGAAUCGUUAUUUAAAUCGUAUUUCAAUCAGAUUUUCAAAAACUUUAUAUUUUAAUAUUCCAACAUUUACUUGUUUUCGAAAUUUAAUUUGCGCUUACUACAAAUUUUCCGUGGACUUGAGUUAAAAUUAUCGAUUUUGGAUUCGGAUAAAUUACAAUUUUUUUUUUUUUAAAUUAAAAAUUUGACAGCGGGAAGUUAAGAAAAAAAUAAUAUUUGAAAUGAUGGUAAGUAAUGAAAUAUUUGGUCGUUAAUUUUCUCUAAUUUGCUUUAAUUUAUAUUCGAUUUAGUAUCCUGAGCAUUACAAUGACUUGUUUAUUGAGUGAAAGAGAAUCGCCUGUAAGAGGACAAUAAUUUGAGCCAUUGGGAUACUACGUUGUCAGAGAACCAUGAUAAAUUUUAUGACAGUACAAAGAAAAAUAAAAUAAAUUUGCGCAAGCAAUGUAAACUUAUAAAAAAUCAUAAUUGUCACAAUUUCAAAUCACCAAAAUUUAUAAAAAAAAAAAAAAACAAAGGUGAUAGGAGAGUUAAUGUUUGAUCGCUUUUUUAAAGUCAAAUUCAACGUAGAUUUCCACUCGUAUAUUUCGAAUUAAGUGUAAUUUUUUAAUUCUCAUUAAUAGAAAAAAAAAGUUGUUGAAUACAACAGUAUAUAAAAUAUGAAUUAUUCAGGGAAAUUUUCAAUUUUUGGUAUGAUUGUUAUUUUUAUGUGAAUAAAAUAAGGCACUCGUACGUCCAAAUAUAAUCUAGCUGUCUUCCCCAAUAAAUAGCGCAAACUACCUCCGCUAAACUUGAUAUCAGAUUAAAAAAUCAUUUUUUAAAAUUUUGACUUUAAAAAAUAACGAAAAAUUUAUCUGCUGAAUAAAACAAACCAUUAAAUUGAGUGGUUAACAAAUGGAAGAGAAAAAUAAAUAUUUAUAUGAAAUAUCAUAAUAUUUAUGCAAGCAAGAAAUAGAAAAAUUAACUCAAGUAUGUAUAAUAUUCAUGAUUUGAAAUAUCAUCCACACCCACUUCAUGAUAACUCUUUGUAAUAAAAAAAAAAAGAAAAAAAAAAAUAAUAACGAGAAACUCGUAUAAAAAUAAGUUUAUACUUAUUUAUAUUCAUGAACAUAAGAUAUAUAUAAUAUAUAUACCUAUAUACGAAUUAUAUUAAUGAUAUUAUUUACUGACGAUUUGAUGCAUAUUAUUUUAACCAGAUUUGAAUGUCAACCGAGAUUAUUUAUUAGCACCCGUACAAAAAUGAAAAAAUACAGACAAUCUGACGUUUAUAGCAGAUUUUUUUAAACGUAUGGUCAACAUACAAAGAAUUUGAAUUGACUGAUUAUUUAUCUAUGAUAAAUCAAUUAUUAAAACUUUCGUUAAAUUUUUAUACAAUCGCUACAAAAGAAAAAUAAAUCAUAUAUGGAGCAUAUGUGAAAAAUAUACAGGAAUAUAUGAUGCACAUUUCGAGCAUCUAUAGAUCAUACAUGGACAUAUAUGUAGAACCUCUGGAUCAUGUAUAUGAAGCCUAUAGGGAGCAUCUAUGAAUCAUAUAUGGGCAUGUAUGAACCAGAUAUGGGAAUAUAUGAUGCAUAUAGAGUAAGAUGUAUAUGAAGCUUAUAUGCAGCAUAAAUUUAGCAUAUAUGUAAAACCUAUGGAUCAUAUAUUGAAGUAUAUGAUGCACAUAUGGGAAUAUAUGAAUCAUAUACGCAGCAUAAAUGGUGUAUAUAUGUAAAACCUAUGGAUUAUAUAUAGGUAUAUGGGUAUAUAUGUAACAUCUAUGAAUCAUAUAUAGGUAUAUAGGUAUAUAUGAAGCAUAUGUGCUCAUAUAUGGUUAACUUUCAUAUAUGACCAUAUAUAACUCAUUUUUCACGGAUAUGGUUACUUUGAUUUUGCUACAAAUAAAAUCGUGCCCCAAAGAUCAUUAUUAUAUAUUAUAUCAAGUACGAAUUGUUAAUAAUUGUCAAAAAAAGUUUUACAAGGUUUUAAUGAUAGAUUGAUUACAGAAAAUUAAUCUACUUAAAUUCUUUGCUUGUUACUCAUAUUUUUUGACGGAUAUAAUGAAACUAUACGAUUGUAAUCUCACAAGAAAUCGAUGUAUCUUAUAUUUUUUUGUUUUUGUAUGAGUGCUAAUAAUAAUUUUAUAAUUAUAUUUACUAUAUUAAUUUAAAUAGUAAAAUAAAAAAUGAAUUCCCAUUCAUUAUACAAGUAAAUUUUCCAUGAAAAUUAAUCGUAAAAAAUUAUGCUUGCAGAAAUUAAAAAGUAAAUUGUUAUGUAAAAAAUCAUGCCAAACUAAAACUUCCAAAAAUAUAAAUCCUAAUUAAUGACAGCUUGAAUACAUUCUAGUCACAUAAUUUAGUUAUAUGUCAUUAUAAAUAUAUUAUGGUUAUUUUUAUUUGUUGAUAAUCAUGAUGAUCCAUAAAUUAAGGAUCAUCCGUCCGACAUAAUAUUAUUGAAAUAUUAAUGUGUUAUACGAAUGUGGUGCAACUGAUACAUAUUUUUUCAUGUGAUAAUAAUUUAUUACAGAAUAUUAGCCUAGUUUUAAUCUGUGAUUUAUUAAUGCUCCAUUACACUGUGUAUUUAUUAUUAAAUAUAAUCACUUUAAUUGUCAUUAAUGUAAAUUUAAUUAUGUACUUCACUAUUAAUUACUUUAUAACACUUACAUUUAAUUAUUA